AGCUGCAAGGUCCUAAGCACUAAUGAAUUAUUACAUUCUACCUGCACUGAAUUUAUUACACUUGAUUAUCAAGCUCAUUUGCAAUGCAUCCAACAUGUAUCUCCCUUUUGAUUUUCCAAUUGUUCAAAAUGUGGGAAUCACAAAUGUGCAAUGUUGUGUGUAACGUUAAACUUGAUGCCAAAACUGCAAAAGCAUUCAAAAAGAAGAUUGAUGAUGAGUAUCGGGUGAACAUGAUUCUAGAUAACCUUCCUUUGGUUGUUCCCAUAAAGCGUGUGGAUCAGGAUUCUACUGUUUAUCAGCUUGGUUUCCAUGUUGGACUCAAAGGACAAUACCCGUGUUUGUAA